AUGUCCAACACAGGUCAGAUCUCACCACUUCGCCCGGUCACUCGGCACAUCACCGGCCACGAUGCAGAGGGCAAUGCAAUCAUUCAGUCAUCCACUCCCUGCCAUUGGAAGACAUACGAAAAGAGCCAGGUGGCCUUUGAUCUCAUCUACACAACCUCUGGGUUUCCAGUCGAUCUGAACGCUGAUGCCGACAUCACCGCCCACGAAAAUAUCGUCAAAGCUGACAAACUGGGUUUGGUCAAUCCUCGUGGGACAGUCUGCCGUAUUGUGGACUUCCCUCCCGCCAACGAACCACUUAUACAUCGCACAAAGAGUCUCGAUUACGGGGUUGUGCUAGAGGGGGAGGUUGAGAUGGUUGUGGAAGAGGGGGAACCCGUACUCAUGAAGCGAGGUGAUGUCGCUGUUCAGCGUGCCACAAUGCACGGAUGGCGCAACCCGAGUCAGACUGAGUGGUGUCGUAUGCUUUUUGUGUUGCAGGAUUGCGCUCUUUUGACUGUCAAUGGAAAGGAAAUGAAUGAAGAUCUUGGCUCUGGGGCUGGUGAUCUUGAGCCGAGUGGGAACGACGUUUAA